GUUUGCGUUUCCGACCGCCAGAGGCAUCCUCUUGUGAAGUUGAGCUUGCGCAUCUCACUCAAGGUUCUCCCAUCCGGCCCAGUACGCUAUAUUCUCUAAUAAGGCGAACACUCUUUUGCAGCCACGUCUGAGCUGGUUGGUAACUGUUUGACUCCGCGGCGCGGACAUAAUCGAGCAACAUGGCGCAAAAAUGUGUGCAUAAAGGCUGCGGGAAGGUCUUCACAGAUCCAGAAGAGAAGUGUGUGUACCACCCGGGACCUCCAGAGUUUCACGAGGGACAGAAAGGGUGGAAAUGCUGCAAGCCCCGUGUCCUCACCUUCGACGAGUUCCUCGCGAUCCCUCCCUGCACGACUGGCAAGCACUCGACAGUCGACGACACACCCGCACCACCUCCAAAACCUGCAGAAGACGAGGUCGUCUCUGCGGCGCCCACUCCCGCACCCGUCCCUGUUACGAAACCCCUCUCCACGAGUCUUGCAGCCGCCGAGCAGCCUGUACCGUCAUCCACACCUAAACCCGAACCGCCGGAAGAUGAGUCGGACGAUCCAGACACCAAGAUACCCGCGGGCGCAAUGUGCAAGAGAAGAGGAUGCGGCAAGUCACAAGACGACAAAGUUCCACGGAGUGACGAGGAAUGUAUAUACCACCCUGGCGUUCCAAUAUUUCACGAAGGAAGCAAGGGGUGGACAUGCUGUAAACGGCGAGUCCUCGAGUUCGACGAGUUCAUGAAGAUAGAGGGAUGUAAGACGAAGAAGAGACAUUGCUACGUAGGCAAGGACAAGCGGAAAACCCAGGACGGUGCUGCGACGGAAGAGAAGUUGGAGUCCGUGCGGAACGAUUUCUACCAGACGAUGGGGACUGUGAUUGUCAGUUUCUACUUGAAGAAGAUUGACAAGGAGAGGGCGAAGGUCGAGUUUUUGGCCAGUGGGACGGAGAUCGAGCUGGACUUGCCGACUUCUGAUGGGAAACGAUUCACUGCGACGAUUCCGUUGUUUGCUGAGAUCGAUCCGGAGCGGAGUACGUUCAAAAUCAUGGGGACCAAGUUGGAGAUGGAGUUGGCGAAGAAGGAUGGGACGAGCUGGACGACGUUGAGGAGUGAUGAGGAGGGGAAGGGGCAUAGGAUACAGGUUGGGAGACCUGGGAGGGUGUAACUUGGACAUGAAUGAACUGGGUUACUACGGCCAAUCUAUGGACGCAGAACUGCGGCGUGGAAAGAUUGACGAGCAUAGCGUGGCGCAGGAAUGCAGAGUUGUAUCAAACUCUACGGGCUAUGUA